AUGGAAGAAGAAUAAAAAAAAUAGGCUGAAUAAUAUGAAAGAUACCCCUUAAAAUCAUUUUUAUAUAAAGAACCAAAAAUCCAAUCAAGUGUAAAAACCAGCUAAUAAAUAUAGCAGGAGACAUAAAAAUUAUAAUUGGAGAAACUUGCAUUAAAUAGAAUAAAUAGAUGUAGUGUUUUAGUAAUACCAAUAUUAAAAGAUGCUGAAGUUUAGUAUGUUGAAAAUAACUUUUUGAAUAAUGAAAUGACUCAAUAUGAUUUGGAUUUUCAUGAAGUCAAAUUUAAAAAAAGUAUAGUAGAGAAUAUAGAAUCUCAUAAUUGUUUAAUAGGAAAACUUCUUUUUAGAUGUCUUUAUGAUAAUGGAAUGGAAUAUUAGGUAGAAUAUGACAUAUUGAAAAGAUUUUGUUCAACAUUAUUAGUAGAUUACAUGAUAGUAAAUUCAAUAUUAAUAUGA